CAGUGCGCGAGCCGCGGUCGCACCGUGGCCGCCGGUGCUCGCGAGUGCGGACUUGGAGCGCGUCGCGGGCCCAGAAGGUUGCAAACCCUUCGCCCUUUCUGUCCUUGUUCUUUUGCGAAUUUCGGGGCUUCCCUGCUCUUCCAAGAAUCAUUCUUGAGUGGGGCCUGGGAGCCGGCGAACGGUCCACGAUGAGCUGUAAGGCAAAGAGUCUGCUGGAGGCGAUAAAGUUCUCAGGAAAGGCUCUCGGUUUUGACAGAAGUUUGGAAAAGGUGACUCUUGUUUCUGCUGUCCCUGGGAAAGUGAUUUGUGAAGUGAAAGUAGAAGAGCAGCAUACCAAUAAAAUGGGCACCCUCCAUGGUGGCAUGACAGCCACUUUAGUGGAUGUCGUAUCAACAUAUGCUCUGAUGUGCACAGAAAGGGGAGCACCCGGAGUCAGUGUCGACAUGAACAUAACGUACAUGUCACCUGCUAAAAUGGGAGAAGAUAUAGUGAUUACAGCACAUGUUCUGAAGCAAGGAAAAACACUUGCAUUUGUUUCUGUGGAUCUGAUGAACAAGGCCACGGGAAAAUUAAUAGCACAAGGCAGACACACAAAACACCUGGGAAACUGAGAACAGCAGGGUGACCUAAAGAAACUCAACAAUGAAUGUCCAGAGUAAAUCUGACUUGAACAAUUUUCAAAAUAAAUUAGCACAACCAGAAGUGGCUAAGAAAUAUUUUCUUUGGGGAAAAUGCCAUCGAGAUCAAGUGGAAUAUAGGAUAGAGUUGUCUAUAUUCUAAGCCUCUUUAGUUUUAGUUUAUAAUCAUACAUGAUACUUGGAUGAAAACAUUCGUAGCUCAAAAGUGUUUUGAAAACAGGUAAAGCAAAGCUAGCAGGACCAUUUUGAGAUAAGAUUACCUUAAAACUAAAAUUCAAGAUAAAGGAGAAAUACAAAUUAACAAUUAAUCCUUAACAAAUUGUAGGUCCUUCUCAGCUCUAAAAUGUUACAUUUUUUAACCCACUUUCAAGAUUAUGGAACUUCAAAAUAGAUGAACCAUAGGCCACAUUGGAAAAUAAAGUAGACUGAGUAGUCCUCAACAAAGUUUAAGGCUAAGCACAUUAGUGAUAAAUAGUCCAGUGGGUGCACUGCUUUUCUGAGAAUUUAUUACAGGAGUGGCAUAUUUUAUAGUGGUGGGGGCAGCUCCUUUUCUCGUACCUAGGAUAAAACCAUGCAGAUCUUGAAUCUCCCAAUCUGCAGUACUGGAAAGACCAAGUUCACAAAUUGUUUAGUCCAUUUCUCGAAGUUUUCCUGACUAUGGCAUUCAUAAUAGUUGGUUUCUGCCAUCAGGGGGUCUUAGUUAACAUUUCAUGACUGAAGAUCAUAAAGUUCCAAAGCAACUUUGGAAACUGGAAACACAGUCAACAGUUAAAGGUUUAUUGUCCUUUGGUUGUAUUAGAAUACAUGCUGAUCUCUCUGCUGAAAGGACAGAAGCAGACUUGAUAGUAGCAGUGAGCACACAAGAAACCCAGAUCUAGUAUUUCCCACUAAAAGUAACUUGGGCUCCUUGGAGAAAUACCUGAUUUCAGAGCUGGGGGCUGAGAUAGGGAAAUUACAAGAUGAACAUAUCAUGUGCUUUGAAAGUAAGGAAGUGCUCAAGAAAAUGAUGAGAGGCAUGAAAAUUAUACAGCAUUGAAAAGGGAGUCCAAACUGUUUAGGUAAUAAUAUUGAAUAAACAGCAGAGACAGGAGAGCUCUUCCUUUUAAAAGAAUGCUGGUAAAUGUGGAGGGGUAGAUAUAAAAUAAUAACUAUAAAAUGGGGAAAUAGGACAUCACAUUGACCAAUUAAAAUGAAAAUCAACAGUGUACACGGACAGUGUGUUUCUAGGGGGCAUAAGGUACUUACAUUGGGCUUUGGCCAGGAUACAUAAUCCAAAUCUAACCAUGAAGGAACAUCACUCAAAUGUAAAAUAAGGACACUCUGUGUUUUAAAAAAUUGGCCUGUACUCUUCAAACUGUCAAGGUCAUUAAACAAGCUGAGGAACUGUUCAAGAUUAAAGGAGACUAGAAACAUGACAACUGAAUGCAAUGAUCCUGUACUAACUAUAAGGAAAUAAAAAAAACCGCAUAAUCAAAGAUAGGAGGACAAUCAACAAAAGUGAAAUAUGGAUGGUAAAUUAAAGUAUAUCAUUGUUACAUUUGAGUUUGAUAAUUUUACUGUGGUAAUAAGAAUAUCCUUGUACUUGGGAUAUAUGGAGUACCGAGGAGGAAGGGAUCAAACUCCCAAACGAUUCAGAAAAUAUAUAUAAAUAUAUGGAAAAAGACAAAACGUCAAAAUGUCAAGAGUUAUUUUGUGGGUGAAGUUUAUACAGGAGCUUUCUGUAUUACUUAUAACUUUCCCAAUUAAAAUUAUUCUAAAAUAAAAACUUUAACUCUACAGAGCCAGACAGCCAGGUUUUAAAUCCUCCCCUACUCACAAUGAGUGUGGACAAGUUCCUAAACCUCUGUAUCUAGAUCCCCUCAAGGUUGUUAAGAGCUUAGAACAGUACCCAGCCAUGAUAAAGUGUUAACUUCAAAUAGAUUCUAAUUUUAAAUUGAUCAGAAAACAUGUGAAAAAUUAUUCUAAAAUUAAGAACAUUUUUUUUCUUUUCCAUGAAGCCAGGCAUAAAGCCAGGAUGAUAAUUGUUAAAAGCUAACAAAAUGUCCUUGAUUCCCAUACCUGUUGAAAUUAUAAACCCAACUUCUCUUGAGUUUACUGUUUAGCCAUGUUUAUAAACCCUCCUAAGGUCAUCAAUAACGGGUACCCAAGCGACUUAGAAGAAAAGUUACCACUUCGAGUUUUGUGUAUUCACCUGAAUAGUCAGGGAACUUUCACCUAUUUUAUUUAGGUUUUCAUUUAUUCAAAUUCCAACCAGAAGCUAAAUACAAUUGGAAACUGGUAAGCACUAAGUUUUACUCCAAAGGAGUAGGAUCAUUCAGAUUUACUCCAAUAAAAGUAUGCAACCCUUAAGCAAAGCUUUUCUUCAUUUAAAAGAAAAAUAAAACCAAAAACCAAAAAAAUCUAUACAGUAGUCUUUCCUUAUGUUCAUUGCACAAAAUGAGUUCUCCUUUUAGAACUUUGACACUCAAUGGUGUUUUUGUAUGUUUUCACAAUUUAAGAUCCAACUUUAGUAACUUUUCUACUUCAAAAAACCCUAAGUUUUCCUUUAGGGUGGUGUAAAAACCAGUAUUUCUGCACAAUUCACUGGAAUUUUUUCCUUUAUAAUAAAAAUCUUUUUAAAAACAAAAAACAAAACAAAAACCAAAAGGAAAGUCCUCUACCUAUUACGGUUUCUGCAGCUAUGAAUGUAUCUCUCAGUUUUAUAGCUGCUUAGCUACUUCAGACUCCAGAUCUGCUUUAAUGUGUAUAACUGAAUCCACACUGAGCAGAAUGCUCUUUCAUAACAGCAACUUGGGGAGAGAUCUGGAAAUAAAAUACAUAUAUUUAUGAGUACCAGGAAACAAACAUGGCCCAGUAAUAUAUGAGGCAAGAAUGCCUACAAUGAGAUGCUUUUUUCAUUUAAUAUUUCUUUCCCAUGGUUGUAUUUUCUUUUUUUUUUCUUUUUUUUUUUUUAAACAACCACUUCUGGUCAUUAGAAUGAAUCUGACAGUGCUCUGGAACAAUGUGAUUAUAACAAAGCUUUAAGUUUUUAAAAUGUUAUUUAUACCUGUUACAUUCACUUCUCACCCUCCAAAUACUGAUGACAGAUGUCAAAGAGGCAAAAACCAGCACAAAUGGAAAGACUAUCAAAAAUGAGUAUCACCUUGUGCUUUCAGAUACAUUUAAGCAUUUCAGUGUACAAUAGUCCUUUCAUUUCACAUUUUUAGUAAGAUGCUGAUGCAGUGCAGCAAAUAUGCAAAGCAUCUUCUUUCACACAGUCUGUGCAGAAGACAUCUAAUUUAAGUUCUGAGAUACAAAUGAUAAAAAAAAAAUCCAGGAUGAACAAGUUUCAAAAUGCAUAGUGUUCUGUGCAUGAGUCCAUUUUCUUUAAACUCUGAAAGAAUAAAGUGGUAAGAAAAAAAGAAAAAAAA